CACGUCGAGCUUCCAGAAACCUUGUCAGGCCACGAGAGAAGGGGACUGAUCGCUGGGGGCGCAGAUGCGACGCCAGUCUCGUGACUCCGAAGACCGCUUAACCUGAGGACAUUGUUCACCGCUGUCACGGCGCCUUUUCAGUGUUAUUGUCUGCCCUUCCUGCUUCGUCCUCGACGUUUAUCGCAGAUUCCGAUUGCGGGGUGCGCGGGGCGCGUUUGCUGACGUUCUCAUGGCCGCGGGCGAAUUCAGCCGCCUCCUCGUAUCGCAUUGGCGGGAGCUGCACGAGAAACUGCGCACGCAGGACGAGGAGAUUAUCAUCGAUGGACGCAGCCUUAGCCUCGCAGCUGUAAUAGCAUGUGCAAGGUAUGGGCAGGACGCAGCCAUCGGUGAAGAGACGCUCGAAACAGUGCGGCGGUACACGGAGAAGAUAUAUGGAGAGCUGCGAGAUGGCGAGGUCAUGUCCGGCAGGCACACCAGCUGGGGAAGCAGCGCAGCCGUGCGAACAUCUGCUAUAGAGCACUUGCAGCGAGGCAUGAUCCGGCAUCUGCACUAUGGCGUUCUUUCCGGUGAAACCGACUUUGACAUCUCUCACGCGGCACGAGCAUUCUCUUCAGCCAUACCAUUAAGCGACCCUGUGGAAACCACAUCAAUGCCGGAGUCCUGGGUUCGCGCAACAGUACUCAUCCGUGCGAAUACUUUGGCCUAUGCGACUGCAGGCGUAAGGCCCCUGUUGCUGGAAAGGCUCACCCAACUUCUGAAUCUGGACAUCGUACCUCGCGUUCCGCUUCGGGGUAGCAUUUCCGCCGCUGGAGAUCUAAGUCCACUAUCGUAUAUCGGAGGCGUACUGCAAGGGAAGCCGGCAGUGCAGGCAUGGAUAGGGGACCGGAUUCAAGGUGGACGGAAAUUGGUACCGGGCGACGAAGCGCUCAACUACGCCGAGAUUGAAGCAACUGAGAUCCGGGCAAAGGAAGGCCUCGCUAUCAUCGCUGGGACAGCGUCCUCGGCCGCUGUCGCAUGUCUAGCAUUACAUGAGGCCAUUUGCUUGGCCGCAGUAUCCCAAGUCCUAACGGCCAUGUCAGCGGAAGCACUGUGUGCCUCCGAUAUGAGCUUCAAUCCUCUCUUUUCCGAAUUACGACCCCACCCCGGGCAGACUGAGUGCGCGAAGAACGUCUGGUGCUUCAUCCAGGGCUCUAAACUCGUCAUGGAGAACGCUGGGUCGGACGAGUUUAUGGACCGAGCGGACCGAUAUGCCAUCAGGACAGCUCCGCAGUGGAUAGGACCCAUCCUUGAAGAUUUGCAGCUCGCCCAUUCUCAGAUAUCUGUCGAGAUCAACUCGGCAACCGACAACCCCCUAAUAAAUGAGGCCGGCAGGAUGCUCCACGGCGGAAACUUCCAGGCCAAAGCUGUCGCAUCCGCAAUGGAGAAAGUACGGCAGGGGUGCCAAAGUCUAGGCCAGAUGCUCUUCGCCCAGUGCACUGAGCUGAUCAACCCAGCGUCCAACAAAGGCCUCGCCCCGAACCUCGUAGUCGACGAGCCCAGCCAAUCCGGCAUCUUCAAAGGCACCGACAUCCUCAUCGCGGCCCUCCAGUCCGAGCUCGGCUUCCUCUCCAACCCCGUCAGCAGCCACGCGCAAUUCGCAGAAAUGGGGUACCAGGCCGUAAACUCGCUCGCGCUCGUCUCUGGCCGCUACACGCUCACCGCCAUCGACGUGCUCACCCAACUCGCAGCGGCGCACCUCGUCGCUCUCUGCCAGGCGCUCGAUUUGCGGGCCCUGCAUAUCCAAUUCCUGUACGCGCUGGCCCCGAAGUUCAAACUCUUGACAAGGCGCUGCCUAGCCGAAUGCAAUGAAGCCAUGACGCCUGGCGGCGAAGGCGGAGGCUCCGAGAUUGCGUAUGAUCUCUGGGUCCAUCUCUCGGAGCAGAUAAACCGCACGACGCACUUGGACUCGUCGGCGCGCUUCGCCAGCGCAAUGGACUACCUCCAAACACUGAUGCUGCGCGCUGUGCCACCGACGCAGCAGUCGCUCGAAGCAGUGCUUCACUGGACCAACGACUGCGUGAACGAGGCUACGCAGACGUACCAGGCCGUUCGAACGCGCUAUCUCUCCACCCCGGACGCGACGCCGGUGCUGGGCAAGGCGACGAAGAAGAUGUAUCUGUAUGUGCGGCGGACGCUGGAGAUCCCGUUCUUCGGGGAGGAUUAUCUGCAGAAGGCGGAGUGGGACGACGGGACGAGCCAUACGGCGAAGUACAAGUACCGCAGCAUGGGGGCGAUGAUUUCGGCCGUGUACGAGGCCAUGAGGAAUGGGGCUUUGUACUCCGCGGUCGUAGACUGCUUUGAACAGGUAUAGAAAUAUAGAAGUAUAGUAUUGGCAACACUU